GAGGCACACGCAGGGCGGACAGGCAGGGCUGGAGCGGCGAGCCCCCCGUCCCCAACUCUUUACCCUCUUCCCCGUUUCGCCUAGCGUAUCUCCUGAACCCGGAACCUGGGGCGCGCGGAACCACCUUGGUGUAGCGCGAGCGCCGCAGACCCGGAGGACGAUGGAGGGGACGCGCGGGCCGGGGGCCGACUCUCCUGAAGAGGAGGAGACGGGGUCGGCCAUGGCGGCUAUGGUGAUGGCUGCUGGUGGCGCGGGCCCAGCUGUCCUGCAGGUGGCCGGGCUCUACCGAGGCCUGUGCACGGUGCGGAGCCGCGCCCUGAGCCUUGGGUUCGUUUCACCCUCACAGCUGCGCGCUUUCCCUAUGCGCCUCGGCUCAGGCCGGCCUUCUGGGGGCGCGGAGGGCAGUGAGGUCGGGGCCGAGCUCGAGGCCAACCCCUUCUACGACCGCUACCGAGACAAGAUUCAGCAGCUGCGCAGGUCUGACCCAGCUGCUUUUGAGUCUCGAUUAGAGAAGCGCGGUGAGUUUCGAAAGCAGCCAGUGGGGCAUUCACGACAAGGUGAUUUUAUCAAGUGUAUGGAGAAGACAGAUACCUUGGGGAAACAGUCUAUAAGCAGAGGAUUCACUAAGGACAAGACUCUCAGUUCAAUCUUAAACAUUGAGAUGGUGAAAGACAAAACUGCAGAAGAAAUAAAACAGAUUUGGCAGCAGUAUUUUGCAGCAAAAGAUACAGUCUAUGCAGUUAUUCCUAAAGAGAAGUUUGAUUUGAUCUGGAACCGGGCGCAGUCCUGUCCAACAUUUCUGUGUGCACUACCAAGAAGGGAAGGUUAUGAGUUCUUUGUAGGACAAUGGACAGGUACUGAACUCCACUUCACUGCACUUAUAAAUAUUCAGACCCGGGGGGACACUGCAGCCAGCCAACUGAUUUUAUAUCACUACCCUGAACUUAAGGAAGAAAAGGGCCUAGUACUGAUGACAGCAGAAAUGGAUUCCACUUUUCUGAAUGUUGCUGAGGCACAGUGCAUCGCCAACCAAGUCCAGCUCUUCUAUGGCACUGAUCGGAAAGAGACCUAUGGUUUAGUGGAGACCUUUAACCUCAGACCAAAUGAAUUCAAAUAUAUGUCUGUCAUCGCUGAAUUGGAGCAAAGUGGACUUGGAGCAGAACUGAAAUGUACCCAGAACCAGGAUAAGACUUAAGAGUUGUAAAGUUUGACCCUUCAUAGAGCAGCUCAGCCCUGGAUAAUCUAGAGCCCACCCACCCCCUUGAACUUAGGAGUUCAGCAUCUAAUGAGGAGUCUAUCUUGAGUUGCUCUAUGUGCUUAUUGCAAAACGGGAUUGUGGAGAUGAGCCCUAAUACUUGAUAUUCAGGAACAGAGGUACCCAAAUGUUCUGAUAAUUACCUCAGCACACUUGAGGUUUCCUUUUUAAGUAUUUCUGGUCAUAAAAAGAGACAGCCAGGAAGCUGCAGAAUGGUUGACUUGAUUUUACAUAGUAUUACACUGCAGUUGCUCAUUUCUCCCAGUUAUGCAUCUUUGUGAACUUGUGCCAUGAUGAUAAACUUGAAGAUCUGUAGUUAGAUAUGGGCUUUAUAUACUUUUUCCAUGUGCCAGUCAGCUGGCCAAAAGCACAACCCAAAUAUCCUGUUAGGCUCUAAUAUAUGUUGUUAUAUAUUCCCAUCUAGAUGCGCCCACCCCCCCAGAGUUUGCUUUAGUGUAGCUGGUUUGGGGUAUCAGCAGAUUUCAGGUACAACUGGAUAAACAGAUAUAGUGCCUGUACAUUGUUAAACCACAAUUUGUGGUACCCAUGCCUCUAACUCUUCCUAUUAGAAGCUAUGCAUUUGAAAGGGGUGAAUUAGUGCAGUGUAAAUAAAAUAAGGAGGAGAUCAUUCCAGAUUUGCAUGAUUUUUUUUAACAACUAAGUAUUACAUGAAAAAAUGGUUAGACACACAUGUUCCCAGAUUGUGAGAAAUUGUAGCAAUAAUAAAAUCUGGCUCACAGUCUGUUAUACAAAAUAGUGAAAUCUAAGCUGUGUGCCGUCUGUCCAUGGUAUCAGUGCUGUGGGUUGAUUUUAUCGAAAAUCAUCUUGGAGCUGGGCAUAUGGCUAAGUGUUAGAGCACUUGCCUGGCAUGAGUGAGGCCCUGGGUUUGAUCUCUCAACACCAAAAAACUUCAUCUUGGGACUCCGCAAUUUCUUGAAACUCCAGAAAUAAGAAAGUUGUUCUUCAACACUGGAAACUCAUGUGUUGUAGUAUCAUUGUUAUGGCUCUAAGCUCAGUGAUAGAAGAGAAUGGUGGUUACACUCCAUCCUUCUGAGCUCAAAGUACCUGGCACCUGCUGUAUUAUUGUUAAUCACCUGUACCAUGCCUUCCCUUUUCUUUAUCUAAUGUGCUCCAAUUGUCUACUACCCCUGUGGAAGAUCUGGGUGACACUGAAUUAUGGUGAGUAGACAUUUAAGCUGUGUGCUUGCAUGUGUGUGUAUGUUUUUCAUUAUGGAAGACUUAUUGGACCUGUCCAGAAGCUUUUUAAAAAGGAUUGGAUUUCCCAUUAUUUAUUCGAGCUGAGUAUUUUGUUGUGCUUCUAAGUCAGUGUGUAGAGAGUGUUUAUUUUAACUUAAAGGAGUUGCUAUCCUUUCUACAUUUUCUCUAAAUAUUGAGCCAUUUCCAGCAGACACCUGUAAUCCCAGCUACUCAGGAGGUUGAGGCAGGAGGAUGGUAAUAUUGAGCUAAUCUUGAGCAAUUUAGUAAGACCCUGACUCAAUAUAAAAUAUAAAAAGGGCUAGGGGUGUAUCUCAGUGGUAGAGUACUUGCCCAGCUUGUGUAGGGCUCUGGGUUCAAGCCCAGUACCACAACAGAAAACAAAAAUGUUGAGCUAUUUGCAAACUCUGGACCAACCCUUGGUCCUGACAAUUCAUCUUUUGAGAAACUUGUCUGGUAUCAGCCCUGCCACUUUCCUUCAGUGCCCUCCAAUAUUCUGAAUACUUUGUAUCCCAAGAGUCUUUGAAGUCAGGUGGGAUUUCAUUCAUGGGUAUGUGGUUGUUUGCCUUUCCCUCUAGACAGACCCAGUUAGUACAUAUUCUUCCUUACCCCAUUCCCCCCACCCCCCAGUACCAGGCACUAUAUCACUGAGCUACAUCCCCAGCUCCCUGAUAUACACACUUUUUUUUUUUUGGACAGCAUCUCACUGAGUACCCAGGCUGGCCUCAAAUUUGCAAUUCUCCUUCCUCAGCUUCCCAAAUCACUUGGAUUAUAGGCGUGCAACACCAUACCCAGUACAUAGUGCAUUUUUCAUAACACCUCCACUAGAGGUGAGAAGAUGAUGAAAAAAAGAAGAAAUGGCCAUUUGUUUUAUGGUUCCUCUCAUCUUUGCCCUCAAUCCCAACUUGCCAAAGAAGGAUGUAUCCAUGGAUAAAUUAUAUUGAGUGUGAAUAAACUACCAUCUGGCUGUUCUUUAUAUUUAUUUACCUAGAGAGAUCUAACAAAGAACUAAAAGAAAAUUGUAACAUUUAAUCAAUAAAUUUGUCCCCAGUGUCA